AUGAGUCUACCCGGGAUUGGACACUCCUUCACCGGCCACUCAACGCCCUUCUCCGACACUGUCAAUGGCCGCCCAGACAGGUGGUGUGCCCACAGCAACGACCGAGUUGGUCUCGUGACGCGGCACACCACGCGCGCAAUACAACGGGUGCUACGUCGUAAAAUACACUUUUUCUUCCUGUUGCCGAUCGUCACAUCGCCAGUGACAGUUCCUACCGCAGCCUCGACCAGCAUGGGGGCUCAGAUAGCUUGUCAAGACGUGGGGUGUGUUGAAGAGAGGAGUCCUUGCGCCCGCGGCUGGCCGUUUGGACGCCGCCACGCUUCGGGCUGCUCAGCCAUUUUGGAGAGUGGGCGAAUCACGCUGCAUGCGCAGUCCAAAGACGUGAUGGCUCGCCGUGCUGCCUCUGUCGCGUUCGAGCCAACACCAGCGCGCAUAUCAGCCGGGUGCCUGGGCCCGGCAGUGACAUCCUUGUCCCCAGUCCCGCCUCUGGGUCCGGCCGCGCUAGAGUGCUAG